AUGCCUUUUCUUGUAUAUCAAUUGAAUCAACCAAAGAAGAGGAGCAGUAGAAGCAAUCCUCAAGGAGAAUUCGACGAAUCUAAAAAUUCUCCAUCAGUUUCAUCGCCAUCGUCAACAGCAGCAGCGGCAGCGGCAGCGACAGCGGCAGUGAAUCAAAUGAAUUCAACAUCUUCAACUUGUAAUAAUGUAAAGAAUCAUUCUGUUGGCUGGGAGAUCAAUUUAGGCUGUGCGUACAAUAAUAAUAAUAAUAGUAAUACUAAUAGUAAUAAUGGUAAUAAUAAAUCAGUACCUGUGCAUUAUAUAACUCCGGUCAACUUUAAACAAUGUUGGCAACAGACGCGUGAACCUCCUCUACUGGUCAAUCGAAAUCAAUCACAGUUGUCGUCAACGCCAAAAACACCGCAUAGUACUACUCCUCUUCAGUCUACACAGUAUCCUAAGACGCUUGUCGACGGUUAUUCUUCUGUACAAAAGAAGCUGUUUCCGCCUAAUUGUCAACAAGAGUUUGUAUUGCAUAACAGACAUCAUCAUAAUAGUAAUAAUAAUAAUAUUAAUAGUAACAGUACUAAUCAUCACAAUACAUGUAGUAAUAGUAAUAACAAUCAACCGGAACAUCCACAUUAUUCUAAUCAACGUUAAUCAAUCAAAUAAUCGAUUAAACAGAGGUCUGAUUGAUCCUAUAAUAUGUCUUUCUUACGUUUUUUUAACUUUGUACAUGUACAUACAUAGAUUGUACUUAAAGACUUGAAAAAGAGCAAACUAACAGGCACUUUAUUCAGACUAAUAAUGGUUCGACAAUUAACUAAGCUCCUAUAAAUGUACAGCAGUAACAACCACAUACGUACUCACGAAAACUAGCUCAAAUUGACUGUAACACACACACCCUUACGCACACAAGACACACAC